UGUUCAGAUGUGUCUGUUAGAAGAGAAAGCAGUCAUUCUGAGUGUUUGCGAGAUGAGUACUGGUAAUAUUGGAGCGUGUGCAGGAUGGUUGUAGUCGGUGGAAAGCGGAGAACACGAUGAGAGACAUAAGCCUCCAGUACUGCUCGGUGUGUGCAUGGGAGAAGGAAACUGAGAUCAGCAAGAAGAGAAAGGAGUGUGAAGUUCUUGAGGAGGAGGUGAAGAAAAAGAGUCAGUCAUGUCAAACACUGGAGAGUGAGCUUCAGCAUGUUCUGCAGGAGAAAGCGCGUCUGAAUCUCCAGUUGUUCAACGAUAUCCAGAAGGCAGCCAAGUAUGAGCAGGUAAAAAGUGAGUAUGAACAGCUGCAGGAGGCUCUGUACACAGUGACAGUGGAGAGAGAUUGCGCUCUGUCCGAGAGAACCGAGCUCCAAGGCAAACUGGAGAACCUAGAGCAGGUGCUGAAGCAUAUGCGAGAGGCUGCAGAGAGGAGGCAGCAGCUAGAAUUAGAGCAUGAACAAGCCCUGGUCGUCCUCAGUGCCAAGCAGCAGGAGAUUGACCUUCUGCAGAAGGCUCAAGUUGAGGCUAAGAAGGAACACGAAGGCGCUGUCCAUCUGUUAGAGAAUCACUUGGACAGCAUGCAGCUGAGAAGUGUCCUCCGCACUAAGAGCACAAUGCGGUUUUUGGCUAAAGUGAGAGAACUGGAGGAAAAAUGCCGGACACAGAGUGAGCAGUUUAACCUGCUGUCAAAAGAGUUGGAGAAGUUUAGGUUGCAGGCUGGGAAGUUAGACAUCCUGAGCAGCAGUCAGCUGACAGGGGGCGACUUGGCCGGCUCGCCCACUAAACCCCUCUCACUCGCUCAGCUCCUCAACGGCCUUGCUGCCCCCACGGGGAAAGGUAAUGAGGAUCCUGUGAGUAAGAUCUCCGAGCUCAUUCGGCCUCUGCAGAUGAGUGAGGGGGAGAAGGUAGAGCUCCUCUCUGUCAAACCCACCUUCCUGUCUCGCAGCACGCCCUCCACCCCACGACGGGCUUUUCUCUCAGAGGUGCGGCCUGUCAUCGGCGCUGCUAUGGACAAAGAAAGCACCUCGUCUCCCAGGUCUAAGUCCAGAUAUACAGGCAAAGUGCGAUUGUGUGUUGCUCGCUACAAUUACAAUCCUUACGAUGGCCCAAAUGAGCACCCUGAAGCAGAGCUCCCCCUGUUGGCUGGGAAGUACUUGUAUGUUUAUGGGACCAUGGACGAGGACGGUUUCUAUGAGGGGGAGUUGUUGGAUGGGCAGCAGGGUCUUGUCCCCUCCAACUUCGUGGACUUUAUCCAGGAUGAGGAGCUCCCUUCGGUUCCUCUCUUGGACCGCAUCAAGGAACCGUCCUACCUCAACCACAGCCCCGCCUCUAUGCCGAGCAGUGCCGUGAGCACUCUGAGCACCCUGCUGUCGGAGAAGCUGGAUGCCUUGGGCUCGGGGACUGGGACCGGCACCAGCAGCAGCAGCGGGGUGAGCAGCUUGGGCGUAAGUAGUUGGGGCAUGAGCAGCUUGGGCAUGAGCAUGGGGCUGGGCAUGGACUUCCUGGGAUCCUGCAGCAACGGCACAGGCACGCUGGACGUGAACAUCGAUGAGAUCGGAGAAGACAUCGUGCCUUAUCCCCGCCACAUUACCUUGAUCAAGCAGCUGGCCAAGAGCGUGAUCAUAAGCUGGGACCCACCGGUGGUGCUGCCCGGAUGGGGUCCCAUCAAUGGUUAUAACGUGCUUGUGGAUCAGGAAGUGCGCAUGAGCGUGCCGUUCGGCGGCCGCACGAAAUCCUUGAUCGAGAAGCUGAACCUGGCCUCAUGCACGCAUCGCAUCUCAGUCCAGAGCAUGACGGAGCGCGGGCUCUCGGAUCCGCUGCGCUGCACCCUGCUGGUGGGGAAGGAUGUGGUGGUGGCUCCCUAUUAUCUCCGCGUGGAGAACAUCACGCAGGUGUCGGCAGAGCUAGUCUGGAUGCCGAGCAACAGUAACUACAGCCACACGAUCUACCUAAAUGAUGUGGAGUAUGACGUGGUGAAGCCCGGGGGGUACAAGUAUCAGUUCUACAACCUGAAGCCCACAACGGUCUAUAAGAUACGGGUGGUGGCCAGACCUCAUCAGAUGCCCUGGCAACUGCCCCUUGAACACAGGGAGAAGAAAGAGGUCUCGAUGGAGUUCUGCACACAACCGGCAGGACCUCCGUUGCCUCCUCAGGACGUGCAGGUUCAGAUGGGACAGACUCCUGGAGUCUUGCAGGUUCGCUGGAAGCCUCCUGCUCUUACAACUACCGGCACCUCCAAUGGAGCCAAUGUUAUUGGCUAUAUAGUCUGCACUAAAGGUCAAAAGAUAGCAGAGGUAAUGUUCCCCACAGCGGAUUUCGUUACGGUGGAACUGAACCGUAUCCAGUGUCUGGAAGCACAGGAGGUCGUCGUGAGGACAAUAUCAGCACAAGGAGAGUCUCAGGACUCUCCCGCGGCCUCCAUUCCACACACCGUCCUGGUGCCUCACCACCAUUCACACCCGCACCUCCAGUCUCAUCCUCCACCUCACCCCCAGCCUCAUUCUCAGACACACCCACCCCCUUACCCGCAGGCCUACCCCCCAACCCACCCGCAGCCACACGUCCAACCUCACGGUGCCCCGCCACCCCAACCGCCACAACCCCCGCCUCACCCUCAACCCCCUCACCCUCAGCAUCACAUCCACCCCUCGCCCUCACAGUACCCCAUGUCUAAACCCAAACUCCUACCAAGUGCCAGAGACCCCCAUGCCAAAGAGCCAGAGAUGGGCAGGCGACUGGGGCAGCCCUGGGAGCCACAUCCUCGGGCACCGUCACCCUUACCGCACCGGGGGCACACGCUAGAGCCACCUCACAUAGAAGGCCGACGCUCACCCUCUCCCCAGAGGAUCUUGCCGCAACCUCAAGGAGCGCCCAUAUCUAACACAGUGGCUCGUGAAAUGGCCCGCCAAGCGGCGCAGAGGAACCCUCCAAACAGCAGGGUGGAGAGGAGGAACAUCUUCAGUGAGAGGGGUAACGUCUUGCACUCAUUAAACUCGGAUGAAGAAGAGGACGGGUACGACUCCCCCCACACCAGGCGAAGAGGAGCUUCUGUGGAUGAAUUUCUCAGAGGCUCAGAGCUGGGCAGACACCAUCCUCACUACAGUCACAGUGAGGAUUACUACACGGAGAGCAGUCGGGGCUCGGAUCUGUCUGACAUCAUGGAGGAGGAUGAGGAGGAGCUGUACUCAGAGAUGCAGUUGGAAGAAGGACGACGACGCAGCAUCAACUCGCACAACACGCUAAAGGCAUAUUACAGGCGUCAGGACCUCACCGUGGAACGCGACAGUUGGGACCUCCAGCGUGAGGUGGUGCGGCAACGCUCCUUACGCUCCCACAAGCGGCUCCACAGCAUCCCGGAGGUGGCAGAGGAGGAUCCGGACACUGAGGUCAUGGGUCAACGCCUGCGUUUCGAGGAAACUCGUCCAGGUACUCCAUGCAUGAGCCCCCGGCCCUAUCACCAGGACUCUCGGCAGCCGAACCACCUGUCGUCCAGCAAGUGCGUCCGGAGGCUGCAAAGGCAACGCUCCUCUCCGCGUUACACCUCUAUAGAUGAGAGGGCUCCCAGAGGUCCGUGCUGGAGCAGCAGCAGUAGCAGACAAACCACCAAGAGCCCGGACAGCGGACUUGACUGCGGCAGCGAGGAGGAGGGCUCGCUCGGAUACCGUGGGGGGUACCAUUCGUACACGGGGGGCAGCCCGCUGCGGGUGGGCUCUGGCCCCAACAUGCGGAUCAUCCACAGCGAGGGGCCGGUGGAGCGUCGCGCGCUGGCCGCCGGCAGGAAAAGGUCCCUCACUCGACAGUGCAGCAUGGAGGAGGACUUCCUGGACGUCAUUCCGGAGAGGAGGAGCAUGCGGGAGUCGUACCAUCAUUACCACUAUUAUCCGCAUCAUCACCAUCCUCACCGCAGAUUCCAGAGCGAGGGCAGGCUGAGCGAGGUUGGCAGGACCUAUCACAGGGACAUUAGGGCCUACUCUGUUGCCAGGCUCAACAGGGCAAUGGAUGAACCCCUGAUUUUAGGGAACUCUCCCUCAACAGGACACUAGGAUCGACUGGACCAUCGUGGCCGUAGGAUGAAUCACAGCUGCCCGCCCCCUCAGAGACGACCGAUCAACGUUCCUUCCAUUGAUGGUUAUGGAGGCCGAGAACGGAGGUCUCCAGACUAUUAUGAGUCAGAGCGAGAAGACCUGCCACGAUUAUUUGUGGCCAUGUUUGACUACGACCCCCUGUCCAUGUCUCCCAA